CGGCACUGUUUAAACGAAAUACAAUGUGACUUGGUCGAAAUCUCAAUUAUGACUUCCCCAAUUGGGUCCACACCUUAUGGAAUGGGCAUAAUCCAUAGGACCAGUUGUCUUGACCCUCCCAACUGCUCCAGCUUAAAAACCACUAAAAUAUCAAUUCUGAGAAAUCAAAUUUUCUUUAUUAAGAUUAAUGUUUGAAGUUUGAUCUGACAAGGUUGGAAUGAUGUCUGAAGGUGGCUUAUUCUCAACUUAUUCAAUAUGCAGUUCUGCAGCUGGAAUUUUAGGUAAAAGAGCCAGCCAUGGAGAUUGGAGCAUGUUCAGCUAAGCCUAAAAAGAAAAAAAUGGAACCUCCUUGCUUUUGUGCUAUUUCAUCACCCAUAACGCCUAUCAUCUCUCCCAGCAUAAUUUUAAUUUUCACGGUCAAUUUUGUUGGAGCCAUUUUCCAGUUGAUUUACAUAAUCAUCUUCUUUGUGUACGGAGAUAGAACAAAAAAGGUGAAGAUGCUCGGCUUGUUACUCGCAGUUUUUUCAGCAUUUGGGGCCAUUGUUGUUAUGAGCAUUAAAGUUUUUGAACCACCUAAUCGUCAAUUGUUCGUUGGCUAUUUGUCCGUCUUUUCUCUCAUAUCCAUGUUUGCUUCUCCGCUAUUCAUUAUUGAUUUGGUUAUUAGAACAAAGAGCGUCGAAUACAUGCCAUUUUACCUCUCACUGGCGACCUUUUUGAUGAGUCUUUCUUUCUUCGCAUACAGAAUGUUCAAGCAGGAUCCAUUUAUUUCUGUAAGUGUGAACUUAACUAUCCCUCAUUGCAUACUGUACUUCGGAGUUAUUGUGUAAUUAUUUGUUGCUUCUUGGCAGUAAGAUGUAAAAGAAGCUAAUAUCGUAUUUAGGCCAUGUUCGACACCAAUUAUUUGAAAAACUAAAGAGUUUUGAAUAGUAUUUUUGGAGAAUGUGCAGUCCAAAAGUAAGGAACUUUAUUAGUUUGUGUGUAGAAUAUUUUAUUAUGUGAAUGUAUGGUGGAGAAUGAUACUGUAGCAAACAGUUUAAAUUUUGAGAGGUCGUCAGACAAGGGCUUAUUGUUAUGAACAAUGGUCAUGUGUUGCUGCAGGUUUUCACCAUAAUGGGGGAAGACAAAAUCAAGUUUUCCUCACUAUUUAAUGCAGACAAGUAUAUACAUGUAAAAAUAUCCAAUGGACCCCUAUAAAAAAUUGCAGUCGAGAAGAUAGGUGUAGAGUAUGAUUAGGCUCUACCUAGUGUAUUGUUUUUCAAGUCUCAACCACUUCUUCAAAGGCACCUCUUUUCUAUAGCAUAUCAUAAAAAAUUGUCCAAUAGAACCCUAUAAGAAAUAAAAAUUGCGGUCAAGAAGACUAGUGUAAAGUAUUAUAAUGAGGCUCCACAUGGUCCACACAUCACAGGAAAGAGCAUUCACGCUGAUGCAACAAUUGAAUUACAUUCGCAAGUCUUCAGAUACAUCAUUUGAUACCUAUAUCAAAGAGUUUAAACGUAUUGUUGAUUGCCUUGCUGUCGUCGGAAAGUCCAUUUCUGACAAGGAAAAGGUCUUCUUCCUCUUAAAUGCCUUAGGUGCUUAGUAUGAGCCCUUUGUAUCCUCAAUGCUUAAACCACCCACUCCAGGUUACAGUGAGGUAAUUUCUCUGUUGCAAGCCUUUGAAAUUCGCACUAGUAGUAAUGCACAUACCACUAGCAUCUAUGCCACUUUCUCAGCCGACAAAAUAGAGCCAAGACAAAUAAAGGUGGCUCAUAUGGCAAUAGCAAAUUCAGCCAUGGCAAAGGUAAGGGUCUGAUGCAUUAUAAGAGCCAAAUACACGAUGAUGUACCUCCUACAAAAAAAAUGCAUCCAAAAAUUCGGUACAGUCUAAUAUAUCAAAUGUUCGUUGCCAAAUUUGUAAGAAAUAUGGGCAUGAUGCCUCUGUAUGUUGGUACCGCUACGAUCAAUCUAAUGGUGACACCGUUGAUCACGAAGCCCUUGUUGCUCUACAAAUUCGUGAUGCCAUUGAAGAUCGAGAAUGGACAGCUGACACUAGUGCCUCAUCCCACAGGACCUCCAAUGUAGGAAAAGGGGACAAACAAGAUUCUGCUAAGAGGAGUCAAGAGGGGUAACUUAUAUACCAUCAAGGCAUCACUGGAGGCUCAAUGUUCUGCGCGUUUCCAGGCGAUGGACAGUGUAGUUUGGCAUCAAUAACCUGGUCACCCCCAACCUAUUGUUGUUCAAGCUUUGCGUUCAAAAGGUUUUUUCCAUGUGCGAGGAAAAAAUAAAUUUAGGAUUUGUGAAAGUUGUGAAAUCGGUAAACUUAGCAAAUUACCUUUUAAACCUCGUUUUAAUAAUGAUUUUGGACUUUUUGAAAAAUUCAUUGUGAUCUUUGGGGACCAUCCCCCACUUUAUCUACUGAUAAAUUCUUAUAAUAUACAUGUAUUUUUGAUGAUUAUAGUAGAUAU